AUGAGUGAGAGGCGUCGGUCUUACAGCAUAGAGGCGAAGGUGGUCGCUCCCAUUUUCGAGCGGUUUCACUCGUUCAAGGACUUUAUGCAGUACCAGGCGGAUACGUUGGAGCCAGGUGCUGCGGUGGGUUUAUACGAUCAGUACAAGUACGACUUCAAGAUAUUUAGCGCGCGGAAGAUGUUUGCACAGAGCCAGGAUCGAGGUUUCGUUCGCGACCGGUAUUCCCCCGAGCACCUGCGACUACUGUGUUUCCGCAAAGUCACGUACGCACGGUCUGCUGCCCAAAGCUUCUUGAACCUCUUGCUACAGGAACACGCCCUGGACGACGUCUCACUUACCUGCGCCAUUCCCACUGACCACCUGCAAAAAGAGCCGCAGAGCGGGCGCAUCAUUGGCUCCCUGGACCCGGCGCAAAUAAGGUCAAAGAAAACGGGCGUGACGGAAAUAACUAUGAAGGCGGAGGAGGACGCCGCGGCCCCGGCGUCUGCGGUAUCGGCCAACGUAGAACGCUUCUUCACCUGCGCCUCCGCGGCGAACCGUACUUUGGUCUUGAAGAAGCUUCCUCCCGACGUCACGCUGCAGAUGCUCGAAGAAUUGUGCGCAGGUACCCCCGGCUUCCUCGGAGCCACCCUAAUUCCGUCCUGCCUCACAGACGAGCACAGGGGACCGCUUUUGCUGCAAGCGAGCAAAGACACCCAAGACUGCACCGACGUGGAACAGGCCGCCAUCCAGCACUCGCUCUCGGAGUGCUACGUCCGAGCAAAGGGAGGAGCGCUCUUCCCGCUACUCACCGGCUGGCUGGAGUUCGACUCCGAGGAAUCCUGUGCCGCCGCCGAACUCUCUCUCGAUCAAAAACCCAUUGGAGACAUGAGCACUGCCAAGCCGCUCAAACUGCGAGCCGAUCGCCCGCGGCGAAUCAACAUAGCUAGCGUAGCCCCCACGGAGAGACUCGCGCGCGAACUAGACCUGGCGCGCAACCUCAUUAGCAAACUCGACGCCGACUUUGCAGUCUACUCUGAGGACCCCAUCGACGGCAGCAUGUCCGCCGAACUCAAGGAAGACGAAAAGGCCGACGAAGACGACAAGGCAGACGAGGACGAAGAAAAACGAGAACAUACAGCCCAGAGGCCGACCGCCGUCAACUUAUUCCUCAAAUCAAUAGAGUCGAUUCCUGAGUCGAGAGCGCUGGAUAUUUGUAUGCUGUACCUGAGGUACGUACAUUUGGCAGACUUGUAUUGCGGGCGUAUCUGUUGGACGCCUCGGGAACUGUUGGAAACCUGUGGGCCGGGCACGUUCCGUUUGGAGUUCAAUGCGGAGAGUGAAGUGGAGCUCAUUGAGAACGAAGGGUAUCUCACCACAGUAGAGGACAGUGUGUUAUUCGACAAACGAAUUGAUGAGCUCCAGCACCUCCCCUUCGGCGACAUCAAAACCGAGGUGACCGCGGACCACCCUCUGUUCCAGUCACACUGGCUCGAGUUCGCCGAAGAAAAUACCCUCAGAGUGGACGACGAAAAGUAUCGCUGCGGAAUCUGCAAGAAACUUUUCAAGGGUCCCGAUUACGUGCAUAAACACUUGAAAAACAAACAUCAGGACGAGAUCAACAGUCUAAUAAAAAAUGUAUACUUCACACCGCUUUCAUAG